CGAUAUCUCUCUCACACUCGAUCAUCCAUCAAUCACGAAUCCAGGAUCGUGACUUUCUCUCUGUAUCGGAUUACCUUCUGAUUCGCCGAUCUCCUAGCAAUUGGUGAGCGGGUUUGAUCAUUAGGUUACAAAAUUGGGGGUUUAUCAAAACCUGACUGCGAAGAUGGAUGACAGUGAGCUACUCACGAGCACGGAUCAGAAGAUGGACGAUGCUUCAACCGUAAACCCUACCCCACCGUCGUCUGAUGGUUCCGAGACCGAGUCGAAUCAUCAGAUAGAAACCCUAGAGCCCGAGCUCUCCGCCAAUCCCUACAACGAUGCUAACGUCCAAAAUUCUGGAGAAGAAGAGUCUUUGGCUAAGCAGCAGAAGAGUAAUGACAUGGACGCAGAAGAUAAGAGUGCAAACAAAAUAAGCAUUGAAUCAGAGACUGGAAAGGAAGCUAAUUCAAAUCACGAAGAGAGAGGAGAAGAAGCCCAGCCAGUGAAGCCGAAAAUUUUUACAGACGAGUGUACAGCUUUUCUUUCAAAUCUCAGUACCAAGGCACAAAGUAGCCUUCUUAAUUUAGAACUCGAUAGUGUUGAAGGGCCAUCAAAUGCUCCGCUGGGUGCUGAGAUAUCUAAGGAAAAGCAGAUGGGAAUCUCGGGACACUUGAUUGGUGGAGCUGGAGCAGUGUCAUCUAGUUCUGUAGCUGUGUCUUCUGAUUCUGUUAUUGCCAGCAUGGAGUUGGAGAAAAAUAGUCUUUUGCAGAGUAGUCUUGAUUCAAAUGAAGUCAGCAGGAAUGCCUCUGAGACCCUAUGUGCAUCGUCGCCACACGAUGUGCCUUCAUUGGCUCAUGUAACGGACAAUCAGGAUUCUGACAGUUCGUCUAGGUUAUCAGGUGGUCAUGGUAGAAAUGAUGAAGUUGCGACUGUCAGUAUGACUCAGAAGGAAGACAAAGAAGAUGAUAAGAGCCAUUUAGACACAGAGAAGAGAGUAAAACGGAGAAAAAAACGCAGGUCAUCUAGAUUAAUGACUAUAUCCCAGCGUCUUGGAGCAAUUGACAAAACAACCGCUGAUAUUGAUCUUGGUAUUUUGGAUGCCUUGGAGGUUGCUACCAAUAUCGCACAAGAAGUGGCUAGAGAAGUGGACUCUGGGGAAGCUUCUCACAGUUCUUCAGAAGAACUUUCUGAUGAAAGCGGGCAGUCCGAUUCGCAAAAUUCUCACGAAGAUGAUCUACAGACGGGUUCUCCAUCUAAGGGACCAUCAAUGGGUGAAAGCCAUUCCGUUGAGAAGCCGCAUGUUGGAGAUGACGAUGUAAUGUAUGAGAAGAAUAACAAACUUGAGAAUGGGAUGAUGAGCAGUGAUGAUGUUCGAGAGAAGCACCUGUCAGCAGCUGCUAAAUCCGAAGUAGGGAGAGAGAAAAGCCCAUGUGGCUUUGACCUCAAUGACGAUAUUUGUCCUGACGAAACCGAUGUCAUUAUGUCUAUUUCACAUUCUGGUAUUCCUGCAGCGGCACCGUUGCGGUUAGAAGGAUCUCUUAGUGCGAAAGGGUUGGCUGCUUGUAGUGUAUCUCACAAAGUUCCUAGCGGGGAUUCAAGAGACAAGCAGCUGAUAUGCAUCGAUUUGAAUGUAGCUGAGGUAGGAGAUGAUGAAGUUGAAGAUCAAACUCCCUGGAAACAGCUUCCUUCCUUCUCAUCAAACUCUCGGGGUGGAGAGUCCUCACAUGAAGCUAAUUUCCGGGGAUCAAGGUUCGACCUGGAUUUAAAUUGUACAAACGAGGACGAUGGCAUUCCUCCACCUUCUGAGUUGAAGAUGGAAACGAGAUUGUUUCUAAGUCACAAUGGUCAGCAAAGCGCUUCACCUGUCUCCUCUUUUUCAGUUGCUCAGCAAUCAGGCAAGGAAGUAAACUUUGACUUGAAUGACAGGCCACAGUUUUUCGUCCAUUCACGUGAUCAGGGUCCCUACUAUAGGCAGCAACCAUGGAGCACUGCCUCCUACGGAGGGCAAAAAUUGGAUGAACCGGUUAUCUCUCUAUUGGGUACAAAAGUGGACGUUGACAGAAAAGAGACGGGAUCCCAGAUAGCUUCGUUCCUGUCCAAUGGUAAGUCCCUCGAGACAGCAGCGGGAUUAUACAUGGGAAAAACAGGAAACUCUUUGAGUUUAGCCCCUGGUCUUUCCUUUUCUCCAGCUCCUAUAUAUGGGUACAACGGAUUUACUGGUCCUCCUGGAAUGUCAAUGUCAUCAUCGCCCAUGUAUGUUCCUGGAACAGCUAUUCCAUACAUGGUGGACGCAAGGGGUACACCAGUGAUGAUGCCUCAAAUGAUGGGAUCGUCCCCAUAUGCCCAGCCACCAUUUCCUCAACAGCACAUGUUCAUGAGCUUGUCUAGUGGAUCGCCUAGUCUGAAUGGAUCAGUGCAACCACGCUUUGAUCAAAAUUAUGGGUUUGGGGUUGAGAUGGGAUUGGGAAACAGAGAGUCGCUAAGCUUAAGACAGUUUCUACCUGGACAGAGCGGGGCUAUGGGAGAGCAUUCAGGAGCAAAUGUAGAACCUUCAUCGAAUUUGUCUAUUAGCAUUGGCGGAAAACGAAAAGAGCCCGAGACACCACGUUGGGAGUUCCCUCCUACAUGGAGGUGAGUGAUUCACAGAUAGUGGAGAUUUGGUUCUUAGUAGGUGGAUGGAUUGGUUUAUUGGUGACAGAAGUGUUGGGAGGUAACUUAUAGUAUCUUGAUGAACUCUCUUCUUUUUUUUUUUCUUCCCAUCAGUUUUCCCCUUGUUCAGGCUUUUAUUUGAUAACAUAUAUAGGAGGAUUAAUUCAAACAUUGGUAUAUGUCAAGCUUCUUCUUAACCUGUUGGGUAUUGUCUCCAUGAAAUAAAACUUAUAUAGUUUUGCGUUUCAAAAGUUGAGAAAGAGUGUUGCUUUGUGUUACUCUAGCAGUUCUGAACUGUUUCGUACAACUCUUAUAACAACCAAGCAAUGGUGGUUCCUAGAAACAGAGUAUGAGUUGUUGUUUGUGGUUCCUAGAAACAGAGUUUGUUCUGUAGUAAAGAACCAAGUUCAUGUCCUCUUAUUUCUUACGCACUGUCAUGUCUGAGCAAAAGAGAAUAUCCAGCAGUUCAAAUUCUAUGCAUAAUCAGACCAAAUACUAAAGAAGCUAGACAUAAGUACAUAACAGUGGGGGAAGAAAAAAGAAGAAGCAUCCAGAAACUCAUUUUUUAGCUUUGGAAGUCCGACGUCAAUAAAGAAGGGAAAAGCAGGACCGAAUGUAGAGGAAGAGUCGGCUAAGUAGCAGAAGAGUAAAGGUCAAAAUGUGAAUGACAUGGACGCAGUAGAAGAGAGUGCAACUGUAUCAAACAAAAAAAGUGUCAAAAAAGCUGAUUCAAAUAAAGAAGAGACAUAAAACCCCAAACCAGUGAAGCCGAAAAUUUAUACAGACGAGUGUACAGCUUUUCUUUCAGAUCUUAGUGCCAAAACACAAGAGGAAGAUAUACGCAAGUUCUUUAGCGAUGUCGGUGGUCUUGUUUCCAUGCAAUGCCAUUAUUGACUGUUUAUGUAAAUGAAUCUGGAAAUUUACUAGUUUACUUUCGGCAUGAUCAUGCUUAGAUCCUGUUGGAACUUAAGCGAAGAGAGGUUUUGCGAUAAACAAUAAGCAAGUAGAUUUUUCCAUCAGCAUUGGUUGGUGGGAACUGUUCACCGUAGAUAAGCAAUUGAAGGCAUACUGCUAAUGACUAGUUGCUGCUAGUUUAUUUCUUAGUGAAGCAUGCCAAGAUGGUGGAUUUAUAUUCUUGAUGCUCUUGUCUCUCGUAGGGACUGGCAUAUGUUUGAUUUUGUGAAUGAUGAGCACCUUGCAACAGCUAUAGCUAAGAACAUGAAGAUGUUGAUUGGUAAGAAGAUCAUUUUAGCACGGUCAAAUCCAAAGAACGGUAGAAGCAAUCUUAUGAAGCGAUCAUUUUAGCCCUGGAUAUAACUUUCCUUGUUCUACCUUUUUAACGUACUCUGAAGCAAAAUCUUAUGUUGUAGACUGACAACAUCGCAUCUGCGACUCUCUCUCUUUUGUCAAGAUAAUUG